UCUCUCUCUCUGUAAAAACUCCAAUGGCGUUGUGGGCACCAGCACAGAACCUCUCUGUAGUCUUCUCAGCCAAUGGGUCUGAAGCAAGAAUGAAAGCAAUGUGGAGAAGAAGAGACUCAGUGGUGGUCAGAACGGCGUCGUCUGAGGUGUCGAGCAGUGGAGGCGGAGAAAUGGCGGCGUACGAGGAGGGGCAUCUGGAGCGACCCAAUUGGGCAGGAGAAACCCCUUUGUCUCGGCUUGUUGGAGCUAUCAUUUCCUUCAAACCUCUCUAUUCUGUUCUCAAGCUCGGUGCCAGACAAGUUCUUAUCAGUACAGCUGAGAAAACAAAUAUACCAUGGCGAGAAAUGACGAACGAGAUUCUGGAGUCAGAUGUUUACAAGGAGAUGGAAAGCAUCGAGAACCCUUCGGUCGUAUACCCAGAUUAUUAUUUGAAUCCCUUCCAUGCAUAUGAUGAGGGCAACCUUUCAUGGCUGGCUGCAGCAGAAGCAGAAGCUGCAACUAUGUCAAUGGUGAGGCGAGCGACCCCUGAUGCCUCUUCAUUAGAAGAAGCAAAUAAAAUAGUACGUGGGAAUUGGCUUCAAGCGAUUGAACGGCAUCAUCUACAGUAUUCAGGAAAUUCCAUGAUCAGAGACAUUCUAGAUGUUGGAUGCUCCGUAGGUGUCAGCACCAGAUUUCUUGCUGACAAAUUUCCUUCAGCUAAAGUCACUGGCCUGGAUUUGUCACCCUACUUUCUUGCUGUAGCUCAAUUUAAGGAAAAGGAAAGAGCUUCAAGAAAGAACCCGAUCAACUGGGUACAUGCAAAUGGGGAAGAUUCAGGCUUGCCUUCUAAAUCAUUUGACAUUGUCUCAAUGGCUUAUGUGCUCCAUGAAUGUCCGGCACGAGCCAUUGUUGGCUUGGUGAGGGAAGCCUUCCGGCUGCUUCGGCCUGGAGGCACGAUUGCUUUGACAGAUAAUUCACCGAAGUCAAAGGUCCUUCAGGAAUUGUCUCCAGUUCUGUUUACGUUAAUGAAGAGCACGGAGCCAUUUCUAGAUGAAUACUACCUCACUGAUCUGGAAGGAAGAAUGCGAGAGGCUGGGUUUGUGAAUGUGACAACAGUUUUGACAGACAAGAGACACAGGACGGUGACUGGAACAGUACCUCUAUUUCAUCUCUGCAGUCCAUUGUCGGUCAUGGACACAGAAGAGAAGAUAUCGAACGAUCAGGAAGGCGUUGAUGACAGCGAAGAGACUGACGCAGUAGAGCUCAUCCUCUUUCAAGUCUCUGAAUGCUAUGUUUAUUUGAUACCCCCAAGGAAAAGUGCAGCUUCCUACAGGGCUGAUGAAUGGAAUGUCAACAAAUGGGCCUGGGAGGGGACACUGAAAGUUGUUAGCAAGGGAGAAGAAUGCAUUAUCAAACUUGAAGAUAAGAAAACAGGUGAAUUAUAUGCUCGGGCAUUUUUGAGAAAUGGAGAACCACAUCCUGUGGAGCCUGUAAUUGAUAGCAGCAGAUACUUUGUUCUUCGUAUAGAAGAGAACAUUGGUGGUCGUCUUCGACAUGCUUUCAUUGGCCUUGGGUUUAGAGAAAGGCCGGAAGCUUAUGACUUCCAGGCAGCCCUGCAUGACCAUAUGAAAUAUCUGAACAAAAAGAAAACAGCUGAAGAGAUGGAACAGCAUUACCAGAAAGCUUCAUCUGUGGAUUACAGUUUAAAAGAUGGGGAGACUCUAGUUCUACAAAUAAAGAAUAAAAGUGGGCAUGGGGUGAAGUCCAAGUUUUUUGAGCAGCAGAGUAUGAACAAUCUCUCACUGGAAGAAAAGACCAACCAAAAAGAGCCAAUUUGUAUCAAACCCCCGCCACCUCCACCAGGACCACUUUCACCUGCUGGUAAGGGCCCAAAUUCCCCAUCAAACUGGGUACCAAAUUUCAACCUGGAGGGAACUUCCAAAGAUGAGGCCCAAGACUCCAUAAGAGAAUCAAAAGAACCACCUUCUCUUGAAAAGCAAAGCCCCCAAGAUACACCAGAUGAUGACUUCGGGGAUUUUCAAACAGCAGGAUAGUUUGAUUUUGUUUAUGUAUACACUCAAAUGCCUGAAUUUUUUUAGUUUCUGUUUUUCUAAAUGGUUUGAUGUAUGUGGUGGUGGUUGCAGUUGUAUCAGUAUCCCCAAUGAAAAUUUCCCUUUUUCUGCUACA